AUGUAUCCCUUCGCUCACCCUAGGGCGCCGACUGAUCCGCCUCGUACUGCGAUGUCUCUAUACGGAGGCACUUUCAAGAGCAGGCGGUUUAUGCCGCGUCCUAGCCCAAGACACAUGAUAGUACAAGAUAUCUUCCCCUGCACUUGCCCAAUCUCGGUCUGUUGCGGAGGAUGAAGCGCGACAAGCCUGGCAAGCACUGUGUCUGGUAUUGGCCCUCGCCUUUGCCUGCUCUCUCACCCCCUUGGAACUCUUCGCUCCGUUGCUUCGUGCCAAUAUACGCCAAUACAUCC